AUGGCCAGUAUGAGUCAACAACAACAACCAUUGCUUGAUCCUUCCACUACAUCCCCGGGGCUUGUUGCCACGGAAAUCUCCACAGAAAUUGACGAGCAAAUUGGAAACUAUGGAUCGAUCGAUCAUCAACCAGAUGAGCCACAAAUUAAUAUUAUUGAUGAACCGGUUCUUCUGCCAGGACGUCAAAAAGUGAUUCUUUUUUCGAUCUAUGUGUCAAUAUUUUUAGGGGCCUUGGAUACUACUAUUGUUGCUACCUUGUUGACCACCAUCGCCAGCGAUCUUGAUGCAUUACCUCAAGUGUCAUGGAUCGCGACGUCGUACUUACUUUCCUGUCUGGCAUUCCAACCAUUGUUCGGAAAGCUCUCAGAUAUCUUUGGUCGCAAGCGGUUGCUAUUAAUCUGUAAUGUAAUGUUUGCCGGUGGUUGUCUUUUGUGCGGAGUAGCGCCGAAAUUUUGGCAAUUAUCGCUUGGAAGAUUCAUUACCGGGAUCGGAGGCGGGGGAUUCAACACUUUGGGAACCAUCACCAUGUCGGAUAUUAUCCCAUUAAGAGAAAGAGGAGUGUAUCAAGGAUAUGGGAACAUUGCCUAUGGAUUAGGAGCCGCUAGUGGAGGAAUCGUUGCAGGAUUUUUCAGUUCUUGGAGAUGGGCGUUCUUGCUCCAAAUUCCAAUCUGCUUGUUUACAGGCACAAUGAUAUUGUGUUAUUUGAAUCUACCAAAAGGAUCCCCAGGAUUAGGAGUGCAUGGCCAUGAUGUUUGGACCAAAUUCUCUAAGAUUGACUUAUUAGGGAGUUUCAUUUUGGUUAGCUCGUUGAUCGCGUUUAUGUUGGCGGCGUCUAUUGGUGGUAAAGAUAUUUCAUUUGGUAGUGGUACGUUCUUGCUGCUUAUUUCAGGAAGUAUCUUUGGAUUAUUCUUGUUUUAUCAAUAUGAAUUGAGAGUGGCCAAGGAACCAGUUAUCCCAGUCCAUCUUUUGAAGCAACAAACGGUGCUUGCGUCUUCUUUCAAUUGUUUUUUCAUGUCUAUGACCAUGUUCACGAUGAUUUAUUUUGCUCCAUUCUUUUGGACAUCGGUGAAAGGUUAUACUGCCUCGGCCAGUGGGUUAAGACUUGUCUCGAACUUUCUUGGAGUUUCUACAGGUUCGAUCAUGGCUGGCCACUACAUGCAUAAAACUGGGAAAUACUAUAAGCUUGCCUUGGUGUCAGGAAUAGCCUCGAUAGUUGGAUUAUUUCAGGUCUGGUUGCUUGGAGAAGAUUCUAAUGAUUGGUACGAGUUAAUAGUGCUCUUCUUGCCGGGAUUAGGGACAGCAGUAAUGCUUACUGUGUCUUUAGUAGCAAUGAUCAGCUCGGUUGAUCACAAAGAACAAGCAUUGACUACCUCGAUUCAAUAUGGGUUCAGAAGUGUCGGGUCAACCCUAGGGGUUGCUAUCGCUACCGCGUUUUUCGAGGAAUCUCUACAACGUAACUUGGUGAAGAAUUUCCAGGAGUUGCGUAAUGUUCCACCAGGCUACACCGAGGAAAUGUUAAGGCAAAUAAUUGACCAGGCAAUGAGGCUGUCAAGUUAUGCUUUUGUAGAAGCUCCAAAGUUUGCCAAGCAGGCGAUUCUUUCUGCGUAUGAUAGAGGUUGUCAUGCAGCGAUUUUGUUUGGAUUGAUUGCGUGUGUUAUUAGUGUUAUUUGUAAUCUUUUCAUCAAAGAACAUCCUUUGACAGGGUCUAUGAAAAGAACUUGA